CCCCGGCUACUGUAUCAGUUCCCUGCCGUCGAUCGAACCGUUUAAAUCGUAGCUUUGUUUUUUUUGUUUUGCGUUCUGCUCUCCCACGUGCCGGAUCGCCUAAGCUGGUUCUAAUUGCUUCUUGGGGCAGUACAGUGGAAGCAAGCAAACGCACGCCGCAGGUGAUCAAAAUGUCCAGCGCAAAGGUUCUUCUAUUGGUUGGCGCGGUGAUGCUGUUUGGGCUUAGUGGAUCAGCGGCUCAGACGACUGUUGACAAGGAAAGCCCAAAGGAAAACGUCACCGAGGCAGCAACCGUUGCGGAGCCGGAACUGUCCACGGAGCGAUUCAACGCUAGCCGCGUGCUUAGUGCGAUCCGAGCGGAAAUCGAGCGACGUCGCAGCGAGCGCCGGGAAAAGACGCUCCAGCGCGCUCAGGAACUUCGCGAGCAGAUCCUGCAAACGCUGGACAACUUGAGCGAACGCCGACGGGAGUUCGAGCUGCGUCGACAGGAAACCCUGCAGGAUGCCGAAGCACUCCGCGAGGCACGCCGCCAGGACAUGGAGGCGCGUCGCGUCGGCCGGCUGCCGCAGCGUGAACGCGAGCGUGUCAACCAGGCCCGGCUGGAGAAGCUGACCGAGCAGACCACGCCGGAGGAGAACGAGAUCGAGGAGGAUGCGAUCGAUGGCAUCGCCGGGGGCAGUGGGGAGGCUACGGAAGGGGUACAGCGCGUGCGCAAUCUGUUGCUAAUCGAGGAAGCGGACGGUAACUUGCGACUGAUCGAUUUGGACACCGAGGAAGGGCAACAGUUUGUGCUGAACGGUGGCCCGAAGCGUGGGCAGAGUGGCGAGGUCGCCGCUGAGAAGGAAAAGGAAGGCGAAGAAGCCGAGCAAGAGCGGGAAGGAGAGGAGGAGGAGGAGGAGCAGGAGGCGAGCAAGCGGAAACUCAAGACUGGACAGAUUUAGGGUAGAGUAGGAGUGACAGUGUGUUUUUGUUUUCUUCUUUAAUGGCAGGAGAGUUAGAUAAGUAGCUUAUCGUUCAUCGCUCAGUUUAUCAAUCAUUUCAAGUGUUCCAAAUGCCAUUGAGUUAAUUAUUUGAUUUUAUGUUUGAAAUAAAUAUUU